AUGCACAACGUCGGUACCAACGUUCGUAGCCGGAGUAGCACGAGACCCGCUCCCUUGCUGAAGUCAGGCACCGCCGUUGUCUGUUCAUUCAUAGUCUUUCAUAGCCGCUGCAUUCUGACGACACGGCCUUCACGAGCUGGUAUGGUAUGGUUGCCACUGACGGAGGCGAAUCCACGAGGAGACAGAUACACGCCUGGGCAGGCCGCAUCAGAGUCUCGAGAUAUCGAACCCUGCAAGCGACAGACCAGGUCUCGGUUUGACACAAAUGGACGGCUCGAAUACUUUGACAAACUCGACAAAAUUCGUCGUGAACAUGUGCUUGGUAAGGAAGUUCCCACGGCUUACGGCUCAGAUGCGCCUCAAGCCUGGCCAACAAGUAUGCUUUUCAGGCGGCAUACUUGCACCAAAUUCCCAGUAUGGCGUUUCCCGGCCCCCUCAAAUAGACGUGCGAUGAUUCAACUCGGAUUGGGUACGGGGCUGGGCUUGAGCCGCCAGCUCAAAGUGACAAUCAAUCAAGCGAUCUUUACGCGUUCAUCAUCUGAGCGCUGGAAAAAACAUAUUGCUACUGCAGGUUCUCGGCGUAAUUCGUCUCACUUUCAGGUUCAUACUGCAGCUAGCAGCCCGGCCGCUUGCCCCCCUCCAAGUGACCGUACGAUACGAUUCACCCCAGCCACGCCUCAUGAUUAUGUCACAAAGUCGCGAACCUGCACGCGUUUCGAGCUGCUCGCAAGUCUGAGCGCACGCGACACCGCGUCGACGAAACUUUUUGGAACCAGGCUCUUUCUGAACUCUCUUCCGCGCACGCCCGCCUCUCCAAUAUCCGAUAGCAAGCCGAGAAGCCAGCCCGACGAGGAGAAUCUGGCGUGUUGUGGAGCCAUGGACGAUAGGGACCACCUUGCAUUAACAAUUUUUUCUUCUUUCUCUUCGUCAGGCUCUGAUCUUUUCCCGUUGGUUGCAACAGAACGGUAUGACGAGACGUCAAUUGCUUGUCACAGCAACCGCAGAUGCGGCGCCAAGGCAUGCAAAGACGGGCUUCGGUCGUGCUACCCUCGAUCCGUUGAGAAAGGAUCCCCUAACCUUCAGCGAUUAUCGCUUGUUGCGUUACCUAGGCACGGCAUGCUCUGUCAGAGAUGUAUGCAUACUUGCACGACCGUUGAGCAAACUCUUUAA